AUGACCUCGUAUCCUCAAAGUCAACCCUAUGGGCAGGCCUAUGGGACCUUUCAAGCGUCAUAUGCUCACUAUCCAUCGCAGUCGCAUUACCCCUCCGCAACUUAUACCCCACUAUCGACGUCCGCAACCUCUUACCCCGCACUUUUCAACCUACCAAAGAAAUCGCCGUCCCCUGAGCCCAUGCUACUCACACCACUCGCCCAGUCAAACGUGACUUCCGAUGUGGCAUCCAGGGCAUUACACAGGCUCAUGAGUGUCGAGUUGAAGGCUGAAGGUUUCGAUGUCGCGGAGCCCGCAGCGAUGAAGUUAUUGGAACUAGAAGUCGUCGCAUUCAUUGAAGAGCUCCACCGCAGGGCGCAUGAGUAUGCUAAUUUGGCCAACAGGGCCUCUCCUAUUGCCAAAGACUUGCUUCUUGCAUGCGAUGAGUAUGGAAUAGAGCCCAAGGACUUACAAAGUGUCAAAGACACCCCGAAAGAAUUGGAGAAAUGUAAGUUGGACUUAGGGCAUUUCGAAUCGUUAAUCCUACUACCCGCUUCACCAGAGCGGCCUCCAUCCGAGCUUUUGUCUUCAGACGACGAGGGCGCUACACCUGUUGUACCUUCUACACUUCGCACAAUCCCCCACUUCUACCCAGCACUUCCACCGAAGCAUACAUAUCUCCGAACACCACCCUCUCCACCUAAGAAACAAGCCCUACCAUCUCUUGAAAAGAAGCUCAAGAAUGCGAGCCUCGUACAAGAAUCUCUCAAAAAUCUACUGCUGGCCACUGAGGACACGUCAGGGCCAGAUGACGGAGAGCUCCUCGGUGCCAUCGUCAAUUGGGAGGCAUCGGGGCAACCGAGAAAACGGUGGAAAUUGAGUCCACGGUAA